GCAUUAACUGACAGCAUCAAUGAUCCAAUCAAAUGACUUCUCCGCAGAAAUGUCGUUUUUCUCUGCCGGUUCUAGAAAACCAACCACGAGUUGUCGUCGUGUGGGAGAAUCCAUCUUGAAGAGAGCUCUCCGGCUGUGUGACCAGUUUAACAGUACAAAAUGUCUGAGGCAGAACAGCAGUACAUGGAAACAUCAGAAAACGGCCACGAAGUGGACGAUGAUUUUAACGGAGCUGGCCACACCGAAGAAGGGAACGACGGCAGCGCCGAGAAUGACUGCGGAGAGGCUGCGGGGCCCGAUGCGGACGGUAAUUCGCAAAACGGCGGCACGGAAGGCGGUCAAAUCGACGCCAGCAAAGGCGAGGAGGAUGCUGGGAAAAUGUUUGUUGGUGGCCUCAGCUGGGACACAAGCAAGAAAGAUCUAAAAGAUUACUUCUCAAAAUUUGGUGAAGUGACAGACUGCACCAUCAAGAUGGACCAGCAGACAGGCCGGUCAAGAGGCUUUGGCUUCAUUCUUUUUAAAGAUGCAGCCAGCGUUGACAAGGUUCUUGAACAAAAAGAGCACAGGUUAGAUGGCCGACAGAUCGACCCCAAGAAAGCCAUGGCCAUGAAGAAAGAUCCAGUCAAGAAAAUCUUUGUGGGAGGCCUUAACCCUGACACCUCUAAGGAAGUCAUCCAGGAAUACUUUGGAACUUUUGGAGAGAUCGAGACCAUUGAGCUUCCACAAGAUCCAAAGACUGAGAAGAGGAGGGGAUUUGUAUUUAUUACAUAUAAAGAUGAGGCUCCUGUCAAGAAGGUUAUGGAGAAGAAGUAUCACACCGUUGGUGGAAGCAAGUGUGAGAUUAAAAUAGCCCAGCCCAAAGAGGUCUACAUGCAGCAGCAGUAUGGUGCCCGUGGAUACGGAGGACGUGGCAGAGGCCGUGGAGGCCAGGGCCAGAACUGGAAUCAAGGCUACAACAACUACUGGAACCAGGGAUACAACCAGGGCUAUGGUUAUGGACAGCAAGGCUACGGAUAUGGCGGCUAUGGCAACUAUGACUACUCUGCUGGUUAUUACGGCUAUGGGGGUGGCUACGAUUACAACCAGGGCAAUACAAGCUAUGGGAAAACUCCAAGACGUGGAGGCCACCAGAGUAGCUACAAGCCAUACUGAUCACACAUAGUGCAGGUCUAAAGUAAAUAAGAAAAAGAGAUCCAUGGUCUGACCACAUCGAACAUGGACUCUGGCUUUUCCUUUGGAGUUGGCAGAAAUUUGGACUCAUGCUCCAUUUGUACAGAUCAAGUGAGGAACUGGGGAAGCAAAUGUCACUUUUCCACUUUUUGUUUUAUAUUGUUUUGUGUCCAUUUACAUUUCCAGUGAUGGAAGUGUUAUUUUUACUGUACUUUUUGGUACCUUUUUUGAAUCUAAUGUAUUGUAUGGUUGUAUUUUUACAUGUCUACUGGAUUUACACACGAGCAGGAGCAAGAGCUUUUAAAGCUCACAAAUAAACCUUUUUUUUUUUUUUUCCUUUUUUGUGUUACUAGAAUUUUAGUUUAUUCCUCCAUGCUGUGUGUUGGAUGCAAGUUGCAUGGCUUCAAAUGUGGGGUGUGGUGGGAAAAAAAGGGAUUGAAACUAAUCAAAGGAUUCUUUGUAAGCGUGUCAAGUAAAUAUUGCAAAUGGCCUUGUAGACAAUGACAACCAGCAUCCUUUUAUUUGUUUUUUCUUUUUGAUUUUAAGGAGGUUCUUUUCCCCCCAUCAUGUCUGCAAUUUUAAGUGGCUUUACUAGUGUUAUUCAACUGAACGCAAGCCUGUUAAUGUAAGAGGGUACUCCCUCUCUCACUGGAAACUCAUUCCUCUAGUGUCUUGGGCAAAUUGGUAGAAAUAAACUUUUGGUUUAUAUUA